AUGGCUGCGUGUUGCGACAAUGCUCCAAACUGGUCCUUCUCUAGGGAGCCGCAGUUCCAGCAAGACCCUAUUUCACCUGUUUCAAUUCCUGCAUCUGUCCUUUUGUGCUUGCGUGGGCAGCGCAUUGAGGUUGUCUGGUGUCUCAAUAAACGCACUCGUGAAAUCGGCGCGUUUACUCCCCGCACUAAUUUUAACACCGUUUUUGCCUUCACAGCAUGUGACCCGGUGCCAGCCCCAGCGCCAGUGCGCGACCGCUCGCAGUACGUGGCGAGCACAGUCAUCGUGCUGUGCAUCGUAGCCCUGGCGCUGGGCUACAUCUUCACGACGACAGAUGAUGCCAGGCCGACAUCGACGGCCAUCACGACUGCGGGGUCUCCAGCACCGGUGGAAACAACUUCCUCGACUACUACGAACGCACCAGACAAACAAGAUCUGAUGAUCGUGAACACGUUGAAAACAUCUCUCGGGGAAACUCUUCUCAUUGGAACACAAUUUCAAGAGAACCAGGCACUACACUUUUUGAUGCUGUGGGAAAGAGCAACGCAUGGAAUAUCACCAGAUCGCAUGCACUAACGUCAGUUAGUCUAACAAACGAAAAUGCGCAGAAAUUGCAGAUUGCAGCAGCCAAGAUGCACAAAAUUGAAAUAAUGUGCCUACUAGCGACGUCUCAAGUGAAAGCAACCUUGGACGCACUACCCUUAAUGGGGGGGUAAGUUCGUGUCCAAGAACUUUUGGUUGGGUUUCAUGAGCGCUCUGUCAAUACGCAGGAUGUAGUUGCAUUGUGAAAAACGGAAGAUAAUAUUCCGUUUUACAAUAG